CUGUGAGGCGGUGUCCCCGUAUGAAGAAACCCCGGCUCGGCGUCACCAGUAACCACCAAUAACCCCCUCUUCGUCGAAGAAUCGAGAGAGAGAGAGCUCGACUGCAACUGGUCUCCCGUUCUUCUCGUCUUCGCUCUUUAUAUCUAUACGGGCUUUCUUGGUGGAAUCCAUGGCGGGGGUUUCUAGAAAGCCCGACAAAGAUCGCUCUCUGGAGUUUCAAGGAUUCCUGAAUGACCUAGAAGGCUGGGAUUACUUGCUUAAGGAUAAAGGUCACAAAAUGAAGGGUCAAUCGCAUGAAAGCAACAAACGGGGAUCCUUGAGGAAUGCUGGAAAGGUCAAUGAAGAUGAGGGACCUUUGAAAAAGGUUCCUGCAGUUGAAGUUAAAAGUAAAUAUUCAGAUGCUAUCAGCCAUAUGCCUAGCAGCUUCUACAGUGAGGAAAAAUUGCCUGAUGCAGCUUCAGAAAAAGAGCUGGGCAAUGAGUAUUUUAAGCAAAAAAAGUUCCCCGAAGCAAUUGAGUGUUACUCAAGAAGCAUUGCUUUAUCCCCUACAUCGGUUGCUUUUGCAAAUAGAGCUAUGGCAUAUCUCAAACUAAAAAGGUUUGAAGAGGCUGAGAACGACUGCACCGAGGCCUUAAAUUUAGAUGAUCGCUAUGUUAAAGCAUACUCACGUCGAGCUACAGCCAGGAAGGAACUUGGAAAACUUAAAGCAUCCAUGGAAGAUUCUGAGUUUGCUACAAGACUAGAGCCUAAUAAUCAAGAACUUAGGAAGCAACAUUCCGAGACAAAGGCAUUGUAUGAGAAGGAAAUUUCUAAGAAAAUUCGUGGACCCUUAAAAAACCCUUUUCAAGGAAUUCAAGGAGUAAGUAAUUCAGAGAUGGGAACAAAAAAUGCUCGUGGUGAUCAUUCAGUCUUAAGUAAUGCUCAAAAUGCAGCAGCGGCUGCCAAUGGAACCCAAACUAAGGAUGGCGAAGGAACAUGUGAUCAACCUUUGAUUGCUGUGAAGGACACAGAUAGCAAAAGUACGGAUGUGGGAAAGGAGACCAGAGAAUAUUUAUUGGAUGGAUCAAGGGAAGGUGCAGCACUAAGUUCCAAUAAUGCCAAGAAAGAUCAAGAUGUUGGCUGCAAGCAGGUACUUAAAGCAUCAAUGAAGGAUCUUGCAUCUCGUGCCGCUUCUCGAGUGAUGGCCACUGCUGGUAAAAGUAUUACCACACCAAGGACUGCUUAUGAGUUUGAGGUUUCCUGGAGGGCACUUUCUGAUGAUUGUGCUCUGCAAAUGCAGUUGCUGAAGACAAUCCCACCACCAACUCUACCACAGAUUUUUAAAAAUGCACUCUCUGUUCCAAUUCUGAUUGAUAUCAUCAAGUGCACCACCACAUUUUUCAAGGAAGACACUGAAUUGGCUGUUAACAUUUUAGAUAAUUUGGCCAAAGUUCCUCGAUUCGACAUGAUAGUCAUGUGCCUUUCAUCUACAGAUCGUUCUGAACUCUGGCAGAUAUGGGAGGAAGUAUUCUCUAGUAAGGACAUUGCAGCAAAUUACAUUGAAACACUCAGUCAACUUCGUUCAAGAUACUGCUAUGGAAAAUAACAGGAUGACAUGCUUGGAUCAAAUGCUUGGCCCAAAGAGAAGCGAUUCUAUGAGUUUGUGCCAAAAGAAUCCAAUUUGAAAGGAAGAAACGGCAUGCAGAUACUUGCUAAUGCUACAUUGUUUUCUGAGAGAGUUAAUGUUGUAUUCUUCAAUUUGCAUGCGAAAUCUUUCUCUUGAACCAACAAUGCUCCUUUUUUUAAUCUAUCACUGUUAACCAUGUUGUAUGGUAUUCCUAUCAUGUGCUGUACAAUGAAAGAUUUUAUACAUGCAAUCCUACAUUACAUCAAAUACUAUAUCUAAA